GCUAGCUUUCUAGCUGAUAUCGAUCUGAAUGAAUUGACUCUUCGUUAGGUUAAAAUAUUAUCUAGAAAAAUGAGUCGUUCUUAUAAUGAUGAGUUACAGUAUCUGGAUAAGAUCGAUAAGACCUGCUGGAGAAUCAAGAAGGGUUUUGUUCCAAACAUGCAGGUGGAGGGUGUCUUCUAUGUAAAUGAUGCACUGGAGAAGCUGAUGUUCGAGGAGCUGCGGAACGCAUGUCGUGGAGGAGGCAUUGGUGGAUUUCUGCCUGCCAUGAAGCAGAUCGGUAAUGUGGCGGCCCUGCCGGGAAUCGUGCAUAGAUCCAUCGGCCUGCCUGACGUUCACUCUGGAUAUGGCUUUGCUAUUGGAAACAUGGCUGCCUUUGACAUGAGUGACCCCACAGCAGUUGUCUCGCCAGGUGGUGUGGGUUUCGACAUUAACUGUGGGGUGCGUCUGCUGAGAACUAACCUGGAUGAGGGAGAUGUGCAGCCGGUGAAGGAGCAGCUUGCUCAGGCUCUUUUCGACCACAUCCCUGUAGGAGUGGGAUCCAAAGGAGUCAUUCCUAUGAAUGCCAAAGACCUAGAGGAGGCUCUGGAGAUGGGAAUGGACUGGUCUCUGAGGGAGGGAUACGCCUGGGCCGAGGAUAAAGAGCACUGUGAGGAAUACGGCCGAAUGCUGCAGGCUGACCCAAAUAAGGUGUCUGGCAAAGCUAAAAAGAGAGGAUUGCCACAGCUUGGGACUCUGGGAGCAGGGAAUCACUAUGCUGAGAUCCAGGUGGUGGAUGAGAUCUACAAUGACUAUGCAGCCAAGAAGAUGGGCAUUGAUCAUAAGGGCCAGGUGUGUGUGAUGAUCCACAGUGGGAGUCGAGGACUGGGGCAUCAGGUAGCCACAGAUGCUUUGGUGGCCAUGGAAAAGGCGAUGAAACGUGACAACAUAACAGUAAAUGAUAGACAGCUCGCCUGUGCCCGUAUUGGUUCGGCUGAAGGCCAGGACUACCUAAAGGGCAUGGCGGCUGCAGGCAACUACGCCUGGGUCAACCGCUCCUCCAUGACCUUCCUCACACGUCAGGCUGUCUCCAAAGUGUUUAACACCACACCAGAUGACCUGGACAUGCAUGUCAUCUAUGAUGUGUCCCAUAACAUUGCUAAAGUGGAGGAGCACAUGGUGGACGGUAAACAGAAAACACUGCUGGUUCAUCGCAAGGGCUCGACACGUGCUUUUCCCCCUCAUCACCCCCUCAUUGCUGUUGACUACCAGUUGACUGGUCAACCCGUGCUGAUUGGUGGUACAAUGGGCACCUGCAGCUAUGUGCUGACAGGCACCGAACAGGGCAUGACUGAAACGUUUGGCACCACCUGCCAUGGUGCUGGUCGAGCACUGUCCCGAGCUAAAUCCCGCAGGAACCUGGACUUUCAGGAUGUUUUGGAUAAACUGGCUGACAUGGGCAUUGCUAUUAGAGUGGCAUCACCCAAACUGGUCAUGGAGGAGGCUCCCGAGUCCUACAAAAACGUAACAGAUGUGGUGGACACGUGCCAUAAUGCAGGCAUCAGCAAAAAGGCCAUCAAGCUCAGACCCAUUGCCGUGAUCAAGGGUUAAACACAACACGGACGACUCGGCACCAGAGCUGCAGGGUUAAGCCAAAAGAGCACGGGUGGAUCAACUGAACUGAUGGUUUAGAAAUGUGGAAAGGAAAUGCGGCUGUGCUGUCAGCACAGGCUUCUGCACUCCGUUAUAGAGACAAGCUUAACAAAUGUACCAGUCUGUAACGGGAAAAAAAAAAAGUUUACCAGAUUAUGAUUUUUUUUUUGUUUGUUUGUUUAACUUUAUAAAAGCAAGUAGCUGAAAUGGAACUUUGGUUUGAGAUUAAAUAAUAAUAAAUGAAAGUAAAUAAAAGCAAAGAUAUACAUUGAA